AUGUUCAGAUCACGCGAGUCCGAACUACCCGAACAUCCGAAACUCGACAUUAAUCUGUAUUUGGGAAACAUCCAACACACCGAAGUUACUCCAUCUAAGAAGGAUAAAGAAGUUGCUUCAACUAUUCCAAGCGUCGAAGAAAUCAAAAAAGUGGAGUCCGACGUAAGAAACAGAGUCGCCGGCCAAGCAUUCCUUGGCUUGACCAAAAAUGAGCUUAUAGCUUCUUAUAACAUGCUAAGAGGACCAGCAGGAGCAGUCGCAUAUUUAAUUGAAACACUUAAGGGCGAAGAUAAUGCGCGAAUAAUACAUAAGCCUCUUCCUACCUUUCACAAGAUGCAAUCACCGAAAUUCAUGAAAUCCACCGUAAACUUACCCAACCGACUAUUGAUACUAUAUCCAUCUCCAAAAUUGUCAUCCGGUUCCAGAGAGUAUUUAUGCAAUUCUGGAGUUGAAGAAGCAGAUAGAGAAGGGAAACAUAUAAUGCAAGUCAUUAAGGAAAUGUUAAUUGCUGAUUUGAUUACCCCCGCAAGUAGGAAGGUUUUUGGAAUUUUAUCAGACCUCAGAGACGAUUGGUUAAUGUUAUGGUUAGAAAAGGAUUCACCAAUCAUCAUUCCGGCCGCCAAGCUUGUCAAGUUGGAUACUUUGUUGCUUGAUCAUAAUAGGGCUAUGGUUGAUGAUGUCGCUCGGAUGGAAGAUAUCUAUGAUGUUAUGACAAGGGAGGAAAUCAGGCAUCAUAAAGUUGUAAUUAUCGCAGAGGUUAUCAAAAAUAUCCCUUUCAUUUCGUCAAUGUAUGCAUAA